CUAAGUAACUGAUUGCCGUUUACCUUAGAUACGUGCAUCUUUGUAAGGAUUAUCCAACUAGUCAAUUGUUUUACAGUGGAGUGAAAACAUUUUUCGGAAUACUUAAUCGAAGAUCCAUUCUGAUUGAUUUAUCGUCGAUAUUAUGCCGCACCAAUUCGAAACAAGUGAAAAAACUUGCGAUGAUAAUGAGACGCCAAAGUAUCAGAACAAUUAUCGCAUGGAUCCACAGAAUCCGUUCAAAAUCGAUCUGGUGGAUAAGAUUGUGAAAUCGGUAAUGAAUAAUCGUUUGGAUGAGUUCGCGUACGACGAUGCGGAAACCGCGAAAUUAUGCGGCGACAUCGCGACAGAGAUACGGCGACGUGUGAAGAAGCUUAACUUCGACAGGUACAAAAUUGUCGUUACAGUUACGAUAAUUGAGAAGUCCAGUCAGUCCGUCGAAACUACCCUUGGUUUUCUGUGGGACAGCGAGAGGGAUAAAUAUUCCGCAUUUUCUUUCGAAGGUCGUACUUUUCAUGCUCAGUGUAGCGUGUUCGGUAUUUAUUAUGAGUAACACGUUUUUAAGUCUAUUCCGAAAUU